CUGUUGCUCUUCCUUAUAGAUGACCAAGAAAACGCUUCAUCAUCUAAUGUGCAUAGACCUGUGCGUUAUCUUCCCGAACAUCGUUCUCUUUUCCGUUGGUUGAGAAAAAAGAAUGAUGUGCUGUUAAGAAAUAAUUCACCUGGAAUUUCAGAUCUUCCCCUCGUCUUUCUGAAAGGUUAUGAUAACAGUACUGCCUCAAACGGGGAUUCAAAUGACACUAGUGAAGAUCUUGUCUCUAUGGAUACCUCGGUUAGAUUCGCUGGCCUCACUCUGCAUAUUAUUGAAGUUGAGGAUAGGGAUUUGAAUAUUAGUGCUUCGACAAUGUCUGGUUCUUGGAAUCAGCAUCGUGGAAAGUGUCCGCCAGUUGCGAUUUGGACAAACUCUCAUCAGUUCCAAAGUAUUCUUGUCCACCCACGAAUGCUUCUCGAUCAUUUCCCAGACACCGUCUCCUCUGCGCUCUAUCGUAUCUACUCUGCUUAUAGUCAACGCGAUUCACCCUUCUGCAUGGUUGGAGCUACCGGCAAUGCAUUGGAUGCCAAGGGCCUUAUAAGACGCAUUAAAAAGUCUUCGCACUAA